GAAGAUGGCCUCCGCGAAAGAUGAAAAUUGCAUAAGUCCAUACAGGAGACUUCUCUUGGACAUGUCGAUGGAACUGUCUAGCAAAGAUCUGGAGCGGUUGAUAUAUGCUGUAGGGGAUCAUCUUCCCAGGAGAUUGACAGAAAACAUAGAAAGUGGACUGAGGUUAUUUGAAGCACUCGAACAAGAUGUUCACAUUGGUCCGCAGAAUCUGACUUUGCUAUAUGAUGGUUUUAAGACAAUCGGUAGAGUGGAUCUUGCGCAGAGAAUUCAGGUUUUUCCAAGAAAACUCCACAGAGCGGAUGAGACUGACGGUAAUUCUGUAGAAAGUGUAUCUUAAGAGGAAUAUUGCUCACUCAUUGUCGCAUCGGUCGCAAACCUCAGUCUAAAGAUCCGAGUUUGUUGAAAACAAUAAGUAAAUGAUUCGAUGAAAAUCUGGAAACGUACAUGAAUUGCUUGACAUUAUCAUACAACAGGAAUGUCUGGUUUUAAAAAAAUCCUUUACGCGUAAAAGUAUUUUAUUAUUUUUAUUUACUUAAAAAAAUCGAUCUGAAUUCGACAACGCGGAAAUUUCAACAAUCAAUCAAGUUGCAAUGUAAGCAUCUUAGAACACUUCGCCUUAUAGAGCUCUACACACCUCGCUUUUUAUUCUCAGAGCUAAGUUUUUGAGCCAUAAAUUGCUUCCAAAAUAUCAAUAAAGUGAGUUCAGAUAAUUAGUUACAAAAGAAUAUCUGGACACAGGAAAUUAUUUUGUAUUUGCUACGAUUUUGUUUUGACUAGACAGGCGAGAGCGCAUAGAAACUGACGGCGGAAGGGACGGUAGUGAUACGGAACCAAAAGGAAGUGAUCUUGCUUACACUGGCGCACGAAAAGGUACAGAUACGAAUAAACUUAGUGAACUGGUUCAUUUUGAGUAUCGCUCCAUAAUAAAGAUUUUUUUUAAAUAUUAUUUUACGUUUUGAGUGUCUUAUUUUAAGUUUUUCAAUUUUAUUUACUUAAAAAAAUCGAUCUGAAUUCGAUUAUAGAGCUCUACACACCUCGCUUUUUAUUCCCAGAGCUAAGUUUUUUAGCCAUAAAUUGAUUCUAAAAUAUCAAUAAAGUGAGUUCAGAUAAUUAGUUUUAAAAGAAUAUCUGGACACAGGAAAUUAUUUUGUAUUUGCUACGAUUUUGUUAUGACUAGAUGGGCGAGAUGACAUGGUAACUGACGGCGUGGGGGACGGUAACGAUCCGGAACCAAAAGGAAGUGAUCUUCCUUACACUGGCGCACGAAAAGGUACAGAUACGAAUAAACUUAGUGAACUGGUUCAUUCUGAGUAUCGCUCAGUGAAGAACUUUUUUCUAAUCUUGUUUUAAGUUUUAGCCAAACAAUUUUUUUCCGGUGGAAACCUUAAAACCUGGCGAUUUGAGCUUUUAACCCAAGUUCUCCCUAGCAAAUAAGGUCUUUUCUUCCAACUCAACAGCUGCAGCCGACGAACAUGUCAUGACAUUUCGAUCUGUGGUUGAUCAGCCACAUCCUGCGAAUCCUAGAAGUACUUCAACAGGGUUAAGUGGCGGUGAUGCGGAUGGCUGUACAGCUGAACAUCUUGUUGCUGUCAGAAGUGAUGCUUCGCUAACUGUAACAAAUAAUGGUGAGAACCUGAAAAGGGAAGGAAAUUGACAGAAAUACUUUAGGAAUGUGGACAACAAGUGAACUGCUUAUAAAACUUAAUGCGUCACUGUUGCUUUGUGAACGUUUAGUUAUAUGCUUUGGGCAGUUUAACUGAUCUUUGGAUAGCAAGUUAAUUGAAGCAGUUUCCUAUUGAGUGUCAAGAUUAAUUCGAGAUUUCUUUGCUUUUGCUUAUCUUCGCUUAGUGAUUGGUCAAGUAAUCUCGAACCACUUUCUGAAACAAUCAUGCAGAUUCAAAACUAAAACCGAUUCUCGCAUUUGAGGCAGUUUCUCUUUUUCACUAGGAGUUUUCACUGCCUAUUUCUGAUGAUUUCCUUUGUUCUGAUUGGCUAUUUCUGAUGUUUUUCUUUGUUCUGAUUGGCUGUUUUCAUCAAUGUGGUUUGUAUGUGAAAUCUCUUUCCUUCUCUAAAUUUCAGGCUCCUCUUUAGAAUCCGCGCGGGGACCCUGUUCUGCACCUUCUCGGGCUUUUGUCCAUAAAUCGUCUGCUCGACUCCAGCCUGAUCCAGCUGUAGGACCUGCACCUCCUCAAUACGUGGACUUUCUGCUUCACGAGGAAUACGUAGUGAAAAUCCUGGGAGGAAAACACUUUAAGACCCCUGAUGGAGAAUUUGUAGAAAUGAAAAGCGGGACGCAAUAUGCAAUACAUGUCAAAAAUUGUCGUGCUUAUGGUAAAAGUCAUACAUAUUACUGUUUUAAAAACAUUUUUCAACUUUAUCACCAUGUCAAAUUGGGGUGAAAACAUACUGUCAGAUUUCAAUGGACUCCUGUUACUGACUGUGCUAUCACGUUCUUGUUGACAAGAACUUCACCCCUACCCUGAUGAACGGACCUGCACCGGUCCCCAUCCAGAAAAUCAUAACCAGGGUGACUCUUUAUUUUCGCUGAUGCAUGGGGAACACCUCACUGUAUUUGAAAACUGGUCAUUUACUUGGAGGUCAAAGGACGUUAUAAGUGUCUACCAAUUACACAAUUUCUUUCUCACUUUUCAUUGAGUCCCUUUCGUUUCUUUUUGCAUGGAAGACUGAAUUCGUCAAUACUCUAUGGUUAAAAUCUCGAUUUUUUAUAUAUAUAUAUAUAAAAUCAUUGAUCACUUGCGCCUUUUUUCCAGGUUGUCAUGUGGACAUAUCUAUUGAUGGUUAUGACGUAGGGAAAUGGGCUCUCCGCGGUGGAGAAGAGAUAUCGAUAGAAAGACCAGCUUAUGAGGCCAAGAAGUUCACCUUCUACCGAGUGAAAACUGCACCGAAAGAGGCAGGAAUUGAAUCUGGCCGGCCCGAAAAUGGAGUUGUUAAGUGCGUGUUCACACCUGAAGCUUUUCUUAACAUUCCAGUGAUCACCUCUGAUUCGUCUCAGCCUUUGAAUGUGAGCAUACCUCCAUCGGCGACAGUUGGUGAGUUGAAACGUAAAUUGCAGCACCAGAUGGAAGUUAUGGAUGACCCCUAUCAAGUUCUGGCUAAAAGCGACAAGGUCCUUACAAAUGGUACACGACUACGGUAAGGAAUGUAAAGCCUAUCAGCCUAUAGGAUGAUCCUUUGGAGGGCGGACUAGUAAGGGAUAAAAUCUUGUCAAUUUUCCCUUUUUUUUUUCAUUAGAGGUAUACUUGAGAAACCUACGGAUUUGAGACUAAUAGAUGCAGAAAUAACAAUUACAGUAACAGCCGAGGCGUCUUCCAGUUUUCCUUUUCCAAUAAGUGUGCAUCCCGGCAAGGUAAAGGUCCAUUAUCUCAUGGAACAGAUAGAAGGGAAGAUUCAAGUCCCAAUCAGGGACCAAAAGCUUUACCAUGAGGGAAACCUCUUGUCAGCCUCACCAAGUAGCUAUCUUCCUGAUAAACUUAUCUGCAGUCCACGUCCGGCUGUGAAUGUCAUUAUCCCCGAGUACAUUCACAUAACUGUAAAAGAUCAGAGUGGCGACUCACACUCCGUGAAAGUGGACAAAGAAAAGAACUUAGAGGCGGUUAUGGAAGAAAUUCCUUCGAGCAGUGACCUGCAGGAAAACGAAGAGGCUACGUUUGCUUUCAAUGGAAAGCAACUCUUCCCUUCUAAAGACGAAGGAACCUUAGCAAGCCUUGGUAUUUGCUCUGGAUCAAAGCUUGAGUUGACAGUGAGGAUUCUUUACAUCGAAGUCGAAGUUUUCUUCUCCGAUAACUCUUCAUCAGUUAUUGUGAAGUGUGAUCCACAAGAAACAUUCCGGGAUUUGGUUGAAAAGAUCUUAAAACGGCGCAACAGUAGAAAGUACAGGCUUACAUUUGCAAUAGAUGGACGAGAGUUUGAUCCGGAUCAAGACAAGGGUCCGUUACAAGGUAUAUUUUAUUCCUCAAAUAUAAUCUAUCACUAA